AUGCAUGAUUUAUUGACUAACGCAUAUAACAAUACAGUUAAAUGUAUGCAGAAUAUUCUUACAUCCCUAAAAAUAGAGACUAUAUGUACUAAAGCAUCUAAUAUAUUUAAUGCGAACAUGAUUAGCAAGUAUGGUAUUUUUAUAAUUAUGGCAAUUAUAGUUGUGUGCAUAAUCGUUAUAGUUGUAUAUAUUAAAUUUAAUAGAAGUAAUACAGAGUCCACAUAUAAAACAGAUAAUUUGAAUGCAUUUAGUACAAGUAAGUAUUUGCACAGUGAAUAUGACAUAGAUGAGAAAACUGCAGAUAAAUUUAUAAAAUAUAAUUCGAUAAAUAUCGACCCAUUAAGUGGGUCUAUAACUACUAAUAAUAGAUUUUUUGCCACUCCACAAAAAACUGUGUCGAAAGAAAAAGAACCUUUUUCAUACUCAAGCCCUGCAAUAUCUGUAUCUAAUAAUUCGCUUAUAGAUGAAAAACAAUUUGCUAUCAUAAUACAAAAUAUUAAAAACCAAGAAGAUUCUGAAUAUUCUUCAUUGCUGGAAAAUAGUGAUUCUGAAAAUGAUGAGUUUGAUAGAUUUGCAAUGAGUCGGAGUAAAAUGUAAUGUGUACAGGGU